AUGAAUGUCGUUAUUACCGAAGAUGGAGAUGAAACAUUAAGAGCAGGGAUGUUGUCUGAAAUUUUGAGUGAAAAGGGUAGAUUUGUUUUAAUCUUGGAUGAUGUAUGGGAGAGACUUUUCCUUGAAAAAUUUGGAAUUCUUGAGUCUUUUGAGGGUAAAUUAAUGUUGACAUCUCGAUCAUUGGAUGUAUGUCGACAAAUGGAUUGUCAAGUCGUAAAAAUUGAGCCAUUUCCGGAAGAAGAUGCAUGGACAUUAUUCUCAGAUAAGGUUGGUCAAAAUCUAAUGAGUUCUACAGAUUUACUACUAAUUGCAAAAUCCAUCGUUGAGCGUUGUGUCGGUCUGUCGUUGGUGAUAGCUAUAGUUGCCAAUAGCAAGAGAGGUGAAGACAGUCUUCCAAUAUGA